CCAUGAAAAGCUGGUCAUGAAAGCAUUUUCUGACUAAGCACGGGACAAGUUAAAGGCAACUUGCUGACUUUGAGAAGGAUUUUUAAGAGCCCUGAUAAUGAAUCAAGAAGGGGCGGCACCUACACCUGCUCAAGCGGCAGGGGCAGCUCCAACACCUGCUCCAGUGCCAACGGCAGCACCUCUUACCACCACACCAACACCUGCUUCUGUGGCUCCUGCAGGAGUAUCUCCGAGUGUAGUUGUUCCAGCUCCAGCGCCAGCAGCAGCACCUGUGGCAGUCCCUGUUCCUUCAGCAGCCCCAGCACCCGUGGCAGUCGCUGCUUCUGUUGCAGCCCCAGCUCCUGCGCCAGCCCCUGCUCCUGUAAUAGCACCUGCUCCAGUAGUAGUCCCUGCUCCUGUCGCAGCCCAAGUUCCUCCCCCAGCAGCAGUACCACCUGCAGCCACUGUUGCAGUUCAGGUUCCAACUUCUUCUCCUGCUCCGAUUGCAGCCUCAGUAGUAGCUCCAGUUGCAGUUCCAGCUGCGACAUCUGCUCCUGUGUCAGCCGGUGCUCCUGCCGUUCCCCCUAAGCCUGCACCAGCUCCUGCACCCGUUCCUGUAGCAUCUUCCGUACCCGUUCCAGCGCCAGCUCAAGCCGGAGCUCCUGCCACUACUCCUGCCCCGGUUGCUCCGACUUCAACAGCUCCUUCAGUAGCUGCUACUGUGGCUGUUUCUGUGGAUGCCCCAGUGGCUGCUCCUGUGGCUCCUCCUUUGGCUGCUCCUGUACCUGUUCCAGAAGUGGCUCCAGUAGCUGCGCCAGUCACGGCCACGGUAGCUCCUCCUGUGCCUGCUCCUGUUCCAGAAGUGCCUCCAGUAGCUGCACCAGUCACGUCCACUGAAGCUCCUGCUUCUGUUCCAGAGGUGGCUCCAGUAGCUGCACCUGUUACGGCCGCGGUAGCUCCUACUGUGGCUGCUCCUCUGCCCGUUCCAGAAGUUGCUCCAGUAGCUGCACCAGUCACGGCCACGGUUGCUGCUCCAGUCGUUCCUGUGGCUGCACCUGUGCCUCCACCAGUGGCUGCGCCUGUGGCAGAUCCUGUAGCCACAGUAGCUGAGCCAGUCGCGGCUGUUCCAGUCGUAGCACCAGUUACGGCCACGGUAGCUCCUGCUGUGCCUGCUCCUGUACCUGUUCCAGAAGUUGCUCCAGUAGCUGCACCAGUCACGGCCACGGUUGCUGCUCCAGUCGUUCCUGUGGCUGCACCUGUGCCUCCACCAGUGGCUUCACCUGUGGCACCUCCUGUAGCCACAGUAGCUGCACCAGUCGCAGCUCCAAUAGCUGUUUCAGUCGCAGCACCUGUCACGGCCACGGUAGCCGCUCCAGUCGCCACUCCAGUACCAGCACCUGAGACAGCUUCAGUGGCACCACUCGUUACUCCAGUAGCUGCUUCUGUGCCCGCUCCAGUCGUUUCUCCCCUGCCUGCUCCAGUGGAUGAACCGGUUGCCCCUCCAGUGUCCGUUCCUUUAACUGCUCCGGCAGCAGUCUCUGCUGCAGUACCACCUCCCGUAUCUGAAACUAUAGCGGCUCCAGAAGCUCCUCCAGUCGAUGUGUCUAUAGCUGCGCCAGUUUCCACUGAAUCCAUACCUGCUUCUUUGGAGCCUCCGGUUGAGCUCUCUGAGCCUGUUGUCACGACUGAUUCGGAAACUACACUUGUUGAUGCUCCUAGAGCAACUCCAGCACCUGCCACUGAAACUGUUCCAGGAGUUUCUACGGAAAUUGCUUCAACGGCAACAACUGCCGCUUCCCCAGAUUCUACACCGUGUGUUUCCGAAAAUUUUGUUGCUCCUUUGGUUGCAAUGGAGGCUGCAUCAGACGCCGCUGCAGUGGAAGCCCCUGUCAUUGAAACUUCUUCACCAGCUGCAGUAACCGCGCCAGUUUCAGAGAUCUUACCAGCUCCAGCGUCAGAAGAAGUUAGCUCUGCAGUGGACGCAACUGCUGCGGAGUCACAGCUUGCACAGCCCAUCGAUACUGCCAGUGAAGUAUCCGAAGUUCCGGCGGUAGAUGCAGUCCCCGCCGCUGAAGAAGUCCCAACAGCAAAGUCUGAAGCUGUUGCCAUUAUCGAGGAGGCAGCACCAGUUCCGGAAACUAUAGUGUCACCGGAAGCCGUUGCUCCUCCAGAAUCUGUUGAAGUGCCCACACCGGAGCCAGAAAUUCCAGCUGCAGAAAAUGAAACGCCAGUAGCAGAUCAAGGACCCACAGCACUAGUUCCUGAACCAUUAACAGAACUUCAAGUCCCAGUGCCAGAAUCAGUCCCAUCACAAGAUGAGGCAGCUCAACCAAAGGAAUCUAUCAGAAAUCUAUCAGAAAUUUCGGUGAUAGUGGCGGAGCUGGAAGCUGUAGCUCCAGAACCAGUGGUGGAAGCUCUUCCUGCUGUCCCUGAGUCAUCAGCAGCUAUACCAGAACCUGUAUCUAACGAGACUCCCGUUGCUGAAACUGACGUAAUACCUGAUCCUGGUGCUGCUCCUGAACCCACAAAACAGGAAGAAAUACCUGUCGAACCCGCCGUUCCGAGUACCGAUCUAGUAACUGUUCCCGCUGAAGAAGCUCCAACAAUAGCUCCUGAGUCGGAGGCUCCAGAGGCUGUAGCUGCUUCACCUGUAGCAGAACCUACUGCUCCUGAGUCUGUAGCACCUGCAGCUGGGGCGGCAAUGCCAGAACCCGAACCUGUCAUUGAACCUGAAGCGCUGGUUCUUGUUACAAGUUCAGUGCCUGCAGAACCUACUGUGGAAGAACCUUCGGAGAUUCUUCCAGAUACGUCUUUAGAGGCUGUACCUGCUGUUGUGGAUGCUGCAGUUCCAGAAGCUGAAGUAGCACCAGACGCUCCUAUAGAAGCACCAGAAGUUGCCAAGGAAGAAGAUACACCAGUCGUUGGAGAAACAUGUCCUCUAAUAGUCGAAUCAGCUACUGAUGCCACUGCCGUUGAACCAACGAUUGAAAACAUCGAAGAAUCUGCCUCGGAACCAGCUGCUGAAGCAGUGAGUUCUGCCGCCGAUGAAAGUUCAUCCCCCGACCCAAGUUCUGUGCCCGUUGCCAAAAUAUCACCGCUCCUCAGAGAUCUGCAAACUUCAGAUGUAUCUCUAUUGGCCAUUGCUGCCACACUGGAUGCCAUAGGAGAGAAGCUUAAGGACCAAAAGGCUCGAAAUCAGCAGGUGAUGAACAGGCUUUGUGAAAUCGAGAAAAUACUAGGACCUCCAAGACAAAACUAG